CAACAAACAUUUUCACUCGAACGCGCUGCUUGGGUUCGGACCCGUUAAGAAAAUUAUUAUAAAGUUAAUAAAAUAAAUUGCAAAUAAUAAAAGCAUCCGUUGUCAUUUGCGGCGCACAACAUUUUUCUGAAAAUUUUUGCUACUUGAUACUGAUAAUAGAUCCGUUUAUAAAAAUUGACAUCAUGGUAUGAUGAUUAGUGAAAAAUAGCCGCGCGGCGGUUUUUUCGAUUAGGGGCGCUGAUUCUUUCUGUUUAAGUUAAUAAUAAAUAACAAAAAAAUUAAAAAACAACAUAAUUAAGAAAAUUUAAAGUGAUCAAAUAAGCGUUUAACGCCUAAAAAUCGCAGCGAAAAAGGAAAUACAGGCCCAGCAUCCUUCAGCUUCUUCUUCUCCUUUUGCAUUCCUUUUCGCCGCGUGUGUAUUGGUGAUGCGUGUGUGCAUGAAAAUUGUUUUAAAUAAGUUUAUCGAGCUGCCAACAACAAAUUGAUGCCAAAAAGUAUAUAACAAAUUCGCUAGUGUGUGCGCGUGUGUGUUAAAUUAGCACUCCCAACUGCUGUCUCUUUUGCUCCGACUCUGUUUUUUUAACUGUUACCUAAAGAUGGGUGCGUUUGCGAGUGUGUUUUCUUUGGAAAUUAAUUAAAAAACGCACCCAAGCUGCUCUCUUUGGGAAGGAUAAAUGGAUGGAAAAUAACAAGCAGCCACUCGGAUCUGGAGUUAAAUGGCCAAGGCACGCAGAAAACGCUUCCGUCUGAGGUGUCCGGAUAUAGAAUUGGAUCAAAAUGCAAGCCGCUAGGAUGGACAAGCGAUCGCUGUACCUGCUGCUCAUCUGCGUCUGCCUGGUCAUCUGGCUGGUCAGUGUGCAGCAGCCGCCGAUGCUGGAGGCCGAAGUGAUGACAGAUUCCGGUGGAGGCGGCGGCGGCAGCAGCAGCGGGAGCAGCACCUCACAGCCGCCAACGAGUGCCAAUGGAUUGCGGAGGAGCAGGGGGAACCGGAGCAAACCAAACCAAAUAUUCCAAUUUAGUCGCACACUUAGUAGUAAUGAUAGUAGCCUAGUUAGCAACACCUUCGACCAUAGCCAACUGGCCACGCCCCCGCCGACGGCGUCGCAGACACCAGCCCCUCCGGGCAGCAGCAUGCACCUGAUGGACCUGCCCAACUUCGUCUAUCUGAUCGACCAGCCCGCCUGUGAUAAGGACGUUAGGGUUCUGAUACUGGUCCACUCGGCCGUGAGGAACAUUGAGAAGCGGCGGAUCAUCCGGGAGACCUGGGCGGACCGCACGUACAUAGACCAGACGCCGCUGAGGGUCCUCUUUCUGGUCGGCGGCGUGGGCGAGAACGCCGAGAGGUGGCAGCAGUUCCUGGGCCGGGAGAACCAACUGCACGGCGAUCUCAUCCAGGGCAACUUCGAGGAUGCCUACCGCAACAUGACCUACAAGCACGUGAUGGCCCUCAAGUGGUUCAACGAGAACUGCGCCCACGCCCAGCUGCUGGUGAAGGUGGACGACGACGUGUUCAUGAACACGCCGCAGCUGGUCAAGUACUUGGCCAAUCCCUCGCUGCCGGAGCACGCGAUGCUCCUCUCGCCGGAUCUCCUGCUCUGCCGCUCCGUCGAUCGGUCGAGGGUCAAGCGCUCCUACCGGUCCAAGUGGCGCGUGACGUACAAGGAGUACCCGAACCGCUUCUAUCCGCAGUACUGCCCCGGAAUGGCCAUCGUCUACGCACCGGACGUGGUGCGUCGGCUGUUCGAGGCGGCGCAGAAGGCGCGGUACUUCUGGGUGGACGACGUGCUCAUCACGGGCAUCCUGGCGGAGGAGACGAGCACCAGGAUCACCCCGCUAAAGUAUUACCUCGAGCAGAAGGACGUUAGGGAGCUGGUCAGCGGAAGGACGGACUUGGAGGAGCCGCCGUUCCUGUUCACCAACCACGCCAUAAAGCCGGACGAGAGCAUGGCCAUUUGGCAGCUGGCGAUGGACCGCCAGAGGAUCCAGAGGCCACUGCUCACCCAGCCCGCCUCCUCAUCCGCAUCCUCCGCUUCCAAGUCCGCGCCGGCAGUGCCAAGUGAAAACAUCUCCGAGGCGCAGACGAGCACCGGCCUCAGCUAGUUUGUCGACUGGCACACAACUCAUUGUGUUACCUUUAGUUUCUGUGGCUGUUCAGUUUUAGGGUUUCGUUAAGCCUAAGUUUUAGUUUUAGUUCGUAGUUAUACCCAAUGUAAACUGAUUAAUGUUAGGUAGCAUCUUUUGUCGGGACGAACACAACGCAACGCAGCAUUGCAAGUCAAGUGAACCACCAACCACCUGCCUACAAUCAUUCGUAUCAUAUGAACCGUAACUAAUCGUAAGGACUCUACUGUUAGUCAUGUACAUCCAAUGCGAGUCGCUCACCAACAAGAAACCGAAAACCGAAAACUGAAAACCUAAAACCGAAAAAAAUCAAAUACGAACACCAAACUCAAACAGCAUCAGCAGUAAAACGAGCGCAAUACCUUAAGCACAACUCUUAACUCGUAAGAAAACUACAAUAGUACUUAAUAAACGAAAAAAAUAUAGAAAAAAUCUGAAUACAAA